GAGGUUAUGUCAAAUGUGCAUAUAUAACGUCGUGGGACACAUUAAAUUUUUUCUAAGAUUCGGGAUAAUUACAGUCAAACGUGCUUUGUUCUGAAAGAGAAAAAAAGCAACGCAAUGUCUUUACGCUCAUAUUCGCUUUUAAGGGGAAUAUAUAAAACAUAUGGUAGAAAAUUCGGUACAGCUAUUCAGGUGAAGGACGAGCAAGCAACUCAAGCAUGUUUGUUUCGCACAACGGAGAACAAUCCAGUUAAUCAUAAUACAGAUCACAUUGCUAGACUUUACACAGUGUCAAAAGAUGUUCAGCAACAACUCUUUCAAUAUGGUGGCUUGCCUCGUUUAUUUAUGAAGCAAGUCACCACUUUUCAAGAAUGUGGGAUAUUGAUUAGGCAACCUGCGAUCGAAGUUAUGUCUUAUCUCAGUCAAACCGACCAUACAAGACCUGUCAAUAAAUAUGUGUUAUAUGGAAAAUUUGGAACCGGAAAAAGUAUUAUAUUGAGUCACAUAUUGCAUUAUGCUUGUAUGCAGAAUUAUUUGCUUGUACAUAUACAUUGGGGUCCGCUAUGGUUCAAGUAUAUGAAGGAAGUUGCAACUUCGAUACUCUCUCCAGGAUGCAUGGAUCUGCCUAUCGACGCUGGGAUUUGGUUGAAACAGUUCAAAACUCAAAACUCAGAGUUACUUUCACAAUUAGAUCUCAAAGUAACCAAGGAAUAUAUUUGGAAUCAACGCGAAACUACUUCCCAAGGUACUCCCAUCUUAGAACUUAUCGACUUUGGCAUACAUCGCAUGAAGUACGCUUGUGGCGUGGUGGACGCGUUGAUAAAAGACAUAAAGCUCGCCAGUACUGCAGGGAAGUGCAAGACAAUGGUCAUGAUAGACGGAUUCAAUGCAUUUACAUCGAAUCACACGCGUAUCUUCGACGAUAACAAGAUGAUGGUUCUGCCCAAACAAGUGUCGCUGGCGUUGCCGUUUUGGGAUAUAACAAAAGAUGAUUGGUGUAAUGGUGCAAUUGUACUAUCAGUAGACGAAAAGGCAAAUAAGGAAAAACGAGACUCCUAUCUUCCCAGAUAUUUGCUUGGCAAAGAAGGCUUCGAGCAUCUAGAUCCUUUUGUUCCUAUUGCAGUUGAUGACUACAACACCACGGAAUUUGACAGCAUGAUAGAAUAUUAUAAGGAUCGCAAAUGGAUCAGGAACAUAACACCUAGCGGUCAAAGAGAAUUAGAAUUAAUUACUAAUAAAAAUCCGCUGGUCUUAAUGGACCAAUGUAAAUUCUUAUAA